AUGUUAAAUGGCGGUGAGAUGUGGAGAGGUGAUGGGAACGAGAGGGAAUCAAAGGAACACGUAGCACUGAACUGGAAUCAUCAACCGAACGACACCCCUUCGCGUAGGUUCCUGAAGCUAGAACUGGAGCUCAACGUGCACCUUCGUGGGCUCAGCUUCGGAGAACCCGUCCGGUAUGUGUACAACCCAUUGGAGUAUGCGUGGGAGACACAUAGCUGCUACGUUGAGAAGUAUUGCCAGGCGGGCCAGCACUUCCUGUUUUUGGGCAUGAAUCCUGGACCAUUUGGCAUGGCCCAGACGGGGGUGCCCUUUGGGGAAGUCAAGUCUGUAGUUGACUGGCUGAGGAUCACAGGGACAGUUGGUCGCCCUGAGAACGAGCAUCCAAAGCGCCGCAUCAGUGGUCUGGCCUGCACCCAGAGUGAAGUGAGCGGCGCUCGCUUCUGGGGUUUCUUCAGAAAAUUGUGUAGCGAACCGGCAGUGUUCUUCCGCCACUGUUUCGUGCACAACCUUUGCCCGCUUAUUUUCAUGAGCAGCAGCGGGAAGAACCUGACCCCACCUGAGCUCAAUGCCUGUGAGCGUGAGAAGCUCCUACGCUUGUGUGACAUUGCCCUGUGUCAGAUUGUAGAGGCCCUGGGUGUCUCCAUGGUGAUCGGUGUGGGCAAGGUGGCGGAGCAGCGGGCGCGUCGUGCUCUUUCUGCAGCUGGAAUGGACGUGCGAGUGGAGGGAAUCAUGCAUCCUUCUCCCAGGAACCCUCAGGCCAAUAAGGGCUGGGAAACUGUGGCUAAAGCUAAGCUAGAACAACUGGGUGUCCUCUCGCUGCUUCGUAACAACACGUUGCCAGAAUCAUCUCACACUCAAGGGACCUCAUGA